AUGAGCACCGCCGCCGGCAGCGCCCUCCUCCUCUGCAUCAUCGCCGCCGCCGCAGCUGUCAGGAGGACGCGGCGGGCAGUAGGCGCGCGGGCGGCGGCAGGCGCGGGGCGAGCCCCGGGGCGCCCGAAGCCGGGACCCGCUCUGGGCCGGGCAGCGGCAGCAGGCGCAGGGCGGGGGCCGGUCCGGAUCGACGGCAGCAGCUGGGCAGGCGACAGCGAAGGCGGCGUCAGGGGCUCGCUCAGUCGCCAGUCUCAUCCACCAGGAGCACCAGGUCCGAGCAGCGUCGCCGGGAGGAUGUCCAGCCGCAGCCCUCCUCUCGCCAGCCUUUGGGGGUCUUCUGCUGAGGCAUUGAAAGCCGGAGGCAGGGUUCCGUCAUGGGCUCGUCGGGCUGCUGCGCGCCACCUCUGCGAUCUCGCAGGAAAAGGAGCCCAAGGGACAUGAAAAUUCAAAAGAUGGCUUCAGAGUCACCUACCCGAGCCCUGCAAACACUGAGCCAGUUAGAAAUCCAGAGCGAACGGGAGAGACUCCUGAAGCCUCGCCCUGACCAGGAACACUGCUGGUGGCUGCUGGGCUU